UCGCUUGUGGCAGCUCGGCCUGGAAGGAUCCCAAUCCCUCAAGCAUCCCAGGGCUCUCAGAGCAACUGCAGAGGCAAACCUUAACCUGCCAUUAAACUAGCAGAGGGGGAAUGGCAGAACCAGCCCAGGCCCCGCUGCCCCGCCUGCUCGUCCCGGUGCUGCUGGCGCUCGGCUGGGUCGUGGGCUGUGCCCUCAUGGUCUACAUUGUCUUCUCCUGAGGCACGAAGGGAUGGCAGUGUCACCCACUGUCCUGGGGUAAAAGAACCUACAGUGAUGUUGAGGAGAAGAACACGGAAAUUCAGUUUACAUUUCUCAUGAAAAUAAUACAUAUAAAAUGAGUUAAUUUUAAUAUCAACAAUGUAAAUGUCGU